AUGAGCUUGAAGAUUUUCAGAGGCAGUAAGAGGAUUUUUGUCAAUUGAAAUGAUGGCUUUGUCAUCUGCGUAGUCGGCUACAACAGUAUUUAGGGAGAUAGGCUGGUCUGAAGUAUAGACCCAAACUUAAAAGUGGAAUAUCUCGUCAACGGAUUGACGGAAACAAAAAUUUUAAUUAAUACUCCAUCUAUUGAUAUUUUUAAUAAAAGUUGUAAUUUGAAAAUCAAAAGUAGAUAAUUGUUUCACUUACAAAAUUAAGGGUGACAAAAAAAUUAUAAUACUGCUCAGGGUAGGCAAAAUUUGUAUAUCGGUGACGCACAGGGGCUUUUCUCUUAUCCUAAAUUUUCCCAAAAGAAUGGCGUUAUUCAUUUUAAAUCAAAUAUUUAUUUAAUAUCAAUUUUUAUCAAUUCUUUAAUUGUUUUUAUUCUUAUUGAUUUAUUAGGUUAAUUAGGAGCCAUCACUAAAAAACAAAUACAGGCAGAUUGUAUAAAAUCUAAUAAAUUUUCAAAGAAAAUGAUAAACAAAAUAUAGAUAUUAACAAAGUCACAAAAAUAGAGGAAACAGUUACAUUCUUCAAAAUACAUUUUUCUGUAAAUCAAAGGAACAUUUUGAAAGGUAGUAAUUAAUUAAUUUUUUUUUAUACAUGUAAAUAUAUAUUAAUAAAAUAUUUAUUUAAUUUAAGGUGGCAGUAUUAUCAUUAAAAAGGAUAUAUUUCCUAUUAACGCCAAGGUCAUACAAAUAAAGAAUCAAUACGCCAAAAAGAGAUUGCAUUCCCAAAACAGGUAAUACCAAACCCAAUUGACACUAUCAGGUAUAAUUAAAAAUUAUUAUAAUUUCAUAUGAUUGAUGUUACCAUUUUCAUGAUUUACAUUUAAUCACGAGUCUAACCAGAAAAAAAAUUAAAACAAAAGAUGUUUGAAAGCACUGUUCAUUAAAUUUUAUAAUUCAUAUUGUUGAAUUUAUAGUAGCAAUCUAAUUUUAAUUAUACAAAAUCUAUACUUUCUCAUAUAGAAACAAAAAUUUAUUCAUGUAUUAUAAUCCAUAGUAAAUAGAUUUUAAUAGCAUAGUUAUAUUUGCAUCUAAAUACCAUUGUUGCUAAUUCUAAACCCUUAUGAUGUAAUUUUAAUAAAUUGUACUAAUUUUUUAUUUGAUUUCUAGUUCUGACUACAAAAAAAAAUUAAGAAGUUAUUCAACUAAAUUCCCUCAAAAAGGACAAAUUACAAAGGAACCUGAGCCAAAACUACAAAUUGUGAAUAAUCAUGAUAUUCCAGCUCAAAUAUUAGGUAAUUUUUUUUGUUAUUAUACAGGAAAUAAUAAUUAUUGUUGUUACCUUACAUUGUAUGACCCAAAUAACUCCAUAUUACAUAAAUUCUCAACUUCCUACCUGUAACAAUGGUUUGCUCAUUGUGCAAAGUAUGUCCUACAUUUUACUUAUAUUGAAAAAAAUAUUUAUUUAUACAUUUUGAAACAAGAAACAAACCAAAAAUUCAUACUGAACUAAUGACAAUAAAACAGAAUGCCUAAUUUAUUAUGUUUCCUAAUAUUUAUCAUUGCAUUCUCAAAUUGUAUGAAAUAUGUUUUUAUGAUUAGGUGAUGAAAUUACAAACAAUAAUUCACAAUAAUUUGUCUAGUUCUCAAGAAGUAUCAAUGGAAAAUCUUAGAGAGGAAGAAGCUAGUAAAUUGUAAGAAACUAUUAAUUGCUCUAGUGUACCCAAAAUCAAAUAAAGAUAAUAGCAUUAGAAACUUAAUAUCUAAAUUAGCUAUCAAAUGUUUUAUUAUUAAAGAGUAAAAAAAAAAAAUAAUUAAAUUUACACAACUUCAAGUUUUAAUAGUUCAUCGAAAAAAUAGUUUCUUUUAAUAUUAUUGGUGAUAUUAAUUGUAACUGUGUUUACUUUUAAUAAGGUACAUUAAAUAUUUUAAUCAAAUGACCUUGGAUACAUUUAACUUAUUGGAAUAUUAAUAGAUUACUGAAAUAAACAUUCUAGAAUACAUUUUUUAAUGUAACUAUAGGCCAGAUUGUGUGUGAGAAUAGAUCUAUGCAGUUGUUUUAAACCUCCAAAGGAGGCUGGUGAAAAAUUGAAAAUCAAUUUGUUUUUAAUGUGUGUGUUUAGCGAGCAUUAGUUUUUGGCGGGAUGUUUGACACUUACUUUUUUAUAUGGUACCCUUGAACCNUGAUUGUAAAAGGAGAUUGCAAUCCCAAAACAGGUAAUAACAAAUCCAAUUGGCACUAUCAGGUAUAAUUAAAAAAUUAUUAUUUCAUAUGAUUGAUGUUACCAUUUUCAUGAUUAUAUAUAACCCACGAGUCUAACAAAAACAAAAUUGUAACAAAAAAUGCUUUCAAGCACUGGUUAUCAAAUUAUAUGAUUCAAACUGUUAAAUUUAUAGUGACAAUCUACUGUUAAUUAUACAAAAUUUAUACUACCUCAUAUAGAAACAAAAUUUAUUCAUGUAUUAUAAUCUAUAGUAAAUAGAUUUUAAUAGCAUAGUUAUAUUUGCAUCUAAAUACCAUUGUUGCUAAUUCUUAACCCUUAUGAUGUAGUUUUAAUAAAUUGUACUAAUUUCUUAUUUGAUUUCUAGUUCUGACUAUAAAAGAAAAUUAUUAUGUAGUUCGAUUAAAUUCGUUCAGAAUGAACAAAUUACAAAGGAACCUGAGCCAAAACUACAAAUUGUGAAUAAUCAUAAUAUUCCAGCUCAAAUAUUAGGUAAUUUUUUUUGUUAUUAUACAGGAAAUAAUAAUUAUUGUUGUUACCUUACAUUGUAUGACCCAAAUAACUCCAUAUUACAUAAAUUCUCAACUUCCUACCUGUAACAAUGGUUUGCUCAUUGUGCAAAGUAUGUCCUGAUUUUACUUAUAUUGAAAAAAUAUUUAUUUAUACAUUUUGAAACAAGAAACAAACCAAAAAUUCAUACUGAUCUUAUGACAAUAAAACAGAAUGCCUAAUUUAUUAUGUUUCCUAAUAUUUAUCAUUGCAUUCCCAAAUUAUAUGAAAUGUGUUUUUUUGAUUAGGUGAUGAUAUUGCAAAAAACAUUCAUGGUCAUUUUUCUGGCUAUCAAGAUUUAUCAAUGGGAAAUAAUAAAGAUGAAGAAGCUAGUAAAUUGUAAGAAACUAUUAAUUGCUCUAGUGUACCCAAAAUCAAAUAAAGAUAAUAGCAUUAGAAACUUAAUAUCUAAAUUAGCUAUCAAAUGUUUUAUUAUUAAAGAGUAAAAAAAAAAAAUAAUUAAAUUUACACAACUUCAAGUUUUAAUAGUUCAUCGAAAAAAUAGUUUCUUUUAAUAUUAUUGGUGAUAUUAAUUGUAAUUGUGUUUACUUUUAAUAAGGUACAUUAAAUAUUUUAAUCAAAUGACCUUGGAUACAUUUAACUUAUUGGAAUAUUAAUAGAUUACUGAAAUAAACAUUCUAGAAUACAUUUUUUAAUGUAACUAUAGGCCAGAUUGUGUGUGAGAAUAGAUCUAUGCAGUUGUUUUAAACCUCCAAAGGAGGCUGGUGAAAAAUUGAAAAUCAAUUUGUUUUUAAUGUGUGUGUUUAGCGAGCAUUAGUUUUUGGCGGGAUGUUUGACACUUACUUUUUUAUAUGGUACCCUUGAACCUCAAUACUUUUGAACAGAUUCUUUUAGAACUAUUUAUUUUAUAACUAUUAGAUUUAAUAUCCUUCCAAUUAAAAACUGUUUAUAAUCUUUAUAAAAUCACUGACUUAACUGAGUUUUACAAAGUAAUGGCCUAUUGUUCUAAGGUUACCAUAACUGCAAUUCUUCUUAUUGUAGUUAAACUAUUAGAUGCUUAUAACUUUUUCUUACUAAAUGAUUUAAAUUGUAUUAAUUGAUUCUUUUAAUUUGUAGUUCCAACUUAAUGAAGUCAGGUUUUAGUUCAAUCCCAAAUAAAGACAAAAAAAAGAGUAUAAAAUUGUUAAAUUUAUGUGAGCCAACAGAUCAAAUUUUUAAUAAUUUGAAUAUUGUAUCUCCAGAAUUAGGUAAUUUACUCUUAGUUAAAAAUUUCAAUAUGUUUUCAUAAUGGAAAAAUUAAUGUUUUAGUUUAUUUUAUUUUAAAUGGUGGAUCAACUUCCCUUAAAAAGGAAACUUCAACAGCAAAUUUAUGUGGGCCAGAAAAUCAAACUCUUAAUAAUUUGAAUGUUUCAUCACCUGAAUCAGGUAAUUUAUUUUUAUUUAUUCUAUAAAUGUACUGAGAAUUUCUAAAACACUAAUAACAGUGGUUUGAGCUUUCUCUUGGUAGCCCAGACAAGUUUAUUCUACAAUUAUUGAAUAAUAUUUGACAUUCACUAUGUAUGCACACCAGUGUUAAAUGAUAUAUCAAACUACUCAAACCCCAACCUUUUUAAUUCAAAACACUUCUAUUUAUUUAUUAAUAAAAUUUAAUUUGUUAUCAAUCUAGUAAUCCAAUAUUUGACAAAACUGUCAAAUAUUUUAGAGAUGGUGUAAACCUAGCUUUACUUACAAAAUUUUGGUAUUACAAAGAAUAAAUAUAUCUCAUUUAUAAUGAUAUAUUAAAGUGUAAUAAUUUUGCUACUAUGUGUUUGAAGAGUUAAGAAACCUGUAAUUCAAUUCACAAUUGUAAAUAUUUUUUGGUUACUUAUAACUAAUUUCAAAUUAGUAGGUAUUUUAGAUUUAUAGUUAAGCUGAACAAAUUUUUUACUAAGGUCGGUUUUUCAACUGUUAUUAUUAUUACUAUCAGCUAUCUAACAAUUAGUUAUGUUAAUUUAAUUUUGUAAUAUAAGUUACUAUUUAGGCUGUGCUUUCAACCACUUGAAAAUUAAUUGUCGUUACAUCAAUUGGAUUUUCUCAUAGAUCAUACAUACCUACUUAAUCUUAAUACUUUCUGUAUUCAUUGUUGUUUUUUGAAAUCUAUGUUCUGUACAUGAUGUUUGGCAUAAAGCAAAUAUAAAUAAAUUGUUUAAUCAAAUUGAUGAAGACUUAUAUUGUCUGUUAUAAUAAAUUGAAUUAAUUUGUAUUUGUUUAGAUGUUNAGUGGAAAAACUAUCCUAUGGAUCAAUGCACUUGGGAACCCUCUUACAACUUAAAAAAAUGUCAAGAACUUUUAAAUAAUUAUAUAUCAAACAAAACAGUUAGAAAGAACAUAAGAAAAACCAAUAAAUUUGAUAGACUAUAUGAAUCACUUUUAGCACACACCGAUCAAGAAUACAUUGAAACAUUACAUAAAAUAAUUGCAGACGGUUUUCCAUCUAUAGACAAACAGUAUGUGUUAGGUACUAUUGCAUAUUUAUCUACAGUUUCUUCCUGUCUUCGAAGUAAACACUUAAUGAAGCAAGUAAGAUAUAAUUUAAUGAUAACUGAAGUUAGCGAGAAAAGAAAAAAUCAGUUAGAAAAGUUAGAUGAUUGGCAAAAAACAAUGAAUAUAACUUCCAAUUUUAAUAUAUCUGUUCUUAACAAUGUAGACUUUGAAGGACCUCCAAACAAUUUUGUUUAUGUUAAUGAAUGUUUUGCUGGUGCAGGUGUGAUUAUUCCAAAUAAUCCAAUAGUUUGGUAAGUAAAAUAGUUAACAAAAUGUGCUUAUUUUAAUAAUAAUAAAUUCUAAUCUAUUUUAUUUUUAUUUAGGUGUCAGUGUGAUAAAAAAUGUGGAGGAAAAACAUCUAAGAAUAAAGAAUGUCUUCACAAUAACAUUCCAUUAGCUUACAAUAAUAAAAAACUUACCAAAAUGAUUCAAGAGUUUCCUAUUUAUGAAUGUAACAAAAAAUGUGCUUGUGAUAGUAAUUGUGUAAAUCGAGUUGUUCAGCAUGGUCCAAGUAAAAAUCUAAAACUCCAGAUAUUCCGAACAGAUAACCAACGAGGCUGGGGAGUCAAGACCUUGAUGCCCAUAAAACAGGGGUCAUUUUUAAUAAAGUAUACUGGUGAAAUAAUUACUAGAGAGGAAGCAGAUCAACGUGCUGUAACCCAUGAAUCAAAAGCCACAUAUAUGUUUGAUCUUGAUUUCUAUACUGAAAAAAAUGAAUGUGUUUAUACUAUUGAUGGGACUACUUUUAGUAAUGUAUCACAUUUUAUCAACCAUUCUUGUGAUGCGAAUUUAGCCACAUAUGCUGUUUGGAUUGAUUGUUCCGAUUUAAAUCUCCCAACACUGGCAUUUUUUGCUUCUAAAAACAUUGCUAAAGGCGAAGAACUGACAUUAAACUAUAUGACUUCGGACACAAAUCAAAAAAAUAAAAUGAAAUGUUACUGUCAAGCUGACAAUUGUCGUGGCUUUUUUUGUUAG